AUGAGCCACGACAACGGCUCCUGUAUCCAGAUCGCGGACGCGAUCCGCGCCCAGGGCAUCGAGGAUCUCACAUCGUUCGUUUCAGCUUUUUUUUUUUCAAUUUUUCUGGAUUAUUUGGAAUUAGAACUAACGUCAUAAGAACCUCAGAACCGGGUGAAAUAUAGUUUUUCAUCGUGUUCAAAGGAUUUUACAUAGAACCAUCUGGUACCCUCAAGGACCCAUGGGGUUCUCGAAUCGAUUUUCCCUUGUUUUGGGUCAAUUCCAAAAAGGAAAAGGAGUUUUUAGAUUUUUUAUAGGUCUUUUGUCGAUUAAAUUCAUGAUUAAAGCGAAAAAUAUGAUUUAUUGAUCGAUUCUCAGCAUUUUUUUUUUGCAUUGUCAAGGCACCUGGAAAUUGCCUUUUUUGUCUAUUAUUAAAAAGUUCGCCAUUAGGACAUGAAAAUAAGUCUUCAUCAAUGAAAAAUACUGAAAAAAUAUGGAAAAAAAAGUGAAGAAGAAGCAUAUUUUCAAUUUUUUUUGGAUUUGUGCUCUUAAUUUUUCCAUUCUGAAAGGUAUUUUUAAGUCUUUUGAUUCAUCUAUUUUCCUUAAAGCUUCAUUAGAAAGGGGGAAAAAAAUUCCUCAUUUUUUUAGAUAAUUGUAAAUUUUACUUUAUUUUUUUUCCAACAAGUUUCGAAGCAAAACUAAUCAGUCUACAGCAGUCAGUGGGCCAUUAACUUAAAAAAAUAGGAAUAUAGGGAAUUUUGGGCUUUUCUUGAAGUUUGAAGGGAACUUUUAAGGUUCUUUGAAGGUUUAGUUGCCUUUUUUUUUAUUCUGCCAUUUUUUAUAAUUUUUCGAGUUUUUUUUGAGAGUCAAAUCUUUUUGAACUGUUUAUUUCUACUAUGAUCUCUUGUUUGAUUUUUUUUUGCUUUUUGACUGAAAAUAAUAUUCAACCCACGCCAACUGUUGUCCGAAUAGUACCCCGUGGUUGUUUUCACUCAUUUUCAUUCAUUUUUUGACCUUACUAGAAGAAGAUAAUUCUCCACAAAGUGGGCCAAUAUUCAAGGUGCGAAAGCUUCUCGGAAAUGCGGCUUUACACAUUUUGCAAGAUGGGGUCUGAAAGUUGAGAACUCUGUGUUUUAUUCAUAGUUCCACGUAGGUCAAGCCGUUUUACGAAAGAUCUCUCAUUUUUAAUCAUCGAAAAAUGUUAGUUUGGAAGACUUUUUCGUGGAAACAGGGAAGAAAAGUGACCGGAAGCGGGAUUAAUUAGGUUGAGUGGACCCGAGCAAUUGGAAUGUCUGGCCAGAGGUUUUUUUCCGGAAAAAUAAAUAAAUUUUUGUUGGCUUGUCUGGAAAGACUUGGAGGAGUCUUGAUUUUUGGAUUUGAAGUUUGACUUUUGAUUAUAUCAGGGUACCAAAGGUUAUCAAGGGUACCUUCAUUUUGAUCUAUUUUUUGUUUUUUCAUUGUAGGUAUAGCUGAUGGCCAGAUUGGGAGCGUGUCCUGUCUGUACUCUCCACGAUCUAGGCGCUAUCUCGUUCAUUAUCGUGUCAGGACCCUUUUUUUGAUGGCUCAAGCCAGCCGUGAAUCAGUUAUAAAUGUCGGCCUUGAUUAAAGUUCUAUCGAGUCUAGAAAUAGGCUUAAAAAUGGAAUUUCCGGGUUUUUUCAAUAUUUCCAUCGGUCAUCCUAAAAGAAAAUUCACCCGGAGUACCAGAAAAAAAGCCUUCAUAACUUCCUCACGACUCAGGCCGUUCUCUUAACUUCUUCAGUUGGUCGUUUCAUGGAAAGUUACACUUUUUAGUGUCUUAGCGUCACAAAAUAAAAAAAUGAAGUACUUGGAAGUGUUGAAAGUUUUGAAAGUGUGGACUUUUUUUCUGACACUAAAAAGUGUAACUUUUCAUGAAAUGAACGACGUUAGCUGUUCGCAAAACGAGUUACCACGACCAUUAGGAAGUUUUUGAACAUUCUUUGAAACAGAAAAAGUUGCUGGAAAUAGAAAAAUUUCUGAUUUGGCAGAAGAUUCAGUUUUCUGCUUUGAUAACUGAUAAAGAUGUCUGUUAGGAUUUUCAAAACAGUAAAAUUGAGGAGUUCCUGGUCAGAAGUUUUGCGAAAAGUGGUUUUAAAGCUUUUUCUUCACAGUUGUUUGUUCUGAAAUGCCCGGAAAACUUUUUUUUUUGACAUCUUAACACGGGAGGUCAUUCCACUUUGCGGUUGGGAAUUUCCUGAAAAUUGGCCAGAACACUUAUUGAUGUACUAGAUAAUGAUCCUGAAAGUCUCAAUCUGCACAAUUGCCUAGUUUUCGAGAAAUCAGGGCUCAAAGCCUCAAAAUAGCCUAUUUUUAUGGAUUUUGUGGGUUGCCUUUGACUUUGAGGCGUCUUUUCUCAAAAACGAGGAAGUUGUGCAGGUUGAAACUUCCAGAAUCUUCUUCUGGUACAACAAGGAGUGUUCUGGCCAAUUUUUUCAAAAAGUAAAUUUCGAACCGAAAAGUAAAAUGACCUCUUUGUAAGGCGACGAACAUAGAAAAUGAUGAAUCUUGGAUCUUCUGUUUUUUUUUGUUCUCAAAAUCUGAAAAAAACUCGAUCGAUAGGCCUGGAAAGCAGGUGACGAUUAGUGAUCGGACACCUCGUCACCAUCGACAUGAGCAAGGACAAGACAAAUGAGCGCCAACUGCGACUUUGCCUUCCCAUUCGAAGGCCUUUUUUUUCCGCCUUGGACCUUGGGCAGCUGUCCUCGUCUCAACUGAUCAACGCUUGUAACAAUUUUAUUGGCGAAUUCUCGGAUAAAUGAGCCGGGAUUUCACGACUCUGUUGUUUUCACCCUUGUUUUUCGUGAGAAAACGUCUUUUUUUCGACGUUUCAAGGGGUUUGAAGAGAAGGUGUAAUGUUUGUAGGAACGCAGGGGAAUGAUGGUGUUUUUUGGAGUUUUGGAAAGAGAAAAAGGGUCUUUUGGACAGGUAGUAUUGAAAAAGGAUCGGAAAAAGGUUCUUUCACAAUUUUUAUUGAAUGAUGAUAUGGUUUUUUUCAUACUCUUGUAAACUAAGGAAAUUCCUAAUUUUUUUGCCGAGAAUCUGUCAAGUUUUUUUUGGAAGUAGGAGAGAAGGGCUUAAUAAUAAUAGUAAUAGUUUAUUCACUGCCAUAAAAACCAUUAGGCUUGAAGGAAAAGUUAAAAAUAAUAUUCUCCAAUUUUGAAACAUGACGAAAAUAUAGUUUUUUCUAUGUUCUUAUGACCUAAAAAUGGUCCGAUUUUUUUCAAUGAAAAAAGUGGAGAAAAACGUUUUUCAUUCGUAUACAAAAAAAUAUUACCAAAAAGUGAAGAAAAAAAGCACUCCAACUGGUACGAAAGUUUUUAUUGAUUUUUUUUUCUUACUGAAUAAAUUAAUACAAAAUUAAAAUAAUCACACCUCCGUUGUUACUUUGACCAUUGGACUUUUGGAAAUCUUCCCAAAAAGUUGCAAAAUUGUGCAAAAAAGCUGGUGUUCCCACGUAAGACGCCCAAAGGCAUUGGGAACAUCGCCACGGGGCCCAUUUUUCUUCUUUUUUUCCUCGAUAAGAUGAUUGAAAAGCUCCUUCUGUUGUUCUGCAGCUCUUUCGGAGCGAAAAAAAAAGAUUCUUUGAACCCUGAUGGGCUGUUUGGAUAACCGGCCCGAGACAACAACUGACAAAACAUUGAUUCGAGGGGAUGUUAUGAACUUUGCUAUGAAAAAUUGAGACGAUUCUGUUUAAAAAUCCUUGGUUUUUUUGUAAUUUUUAAGUUGAAAAAGAUGAUCAAUUGAGAUUUUUUUAGUUAGUGUAGGAUUGAAAAAAAUACUGAUUUUUUUAUGCAAGAAAUUUUUAGUAAAUUUUUGAUUUUUUUGAAAAAUUUUUUUUAAGUGUCAAGAAUGCUUCGGGAGAUGUUUGAAAGCAAAAAAAAAAAUUGAAAAUUAAUUUUUUUUUUUUGCUUUCUUAAGAGGUUUAAGUUCCCAUUGAAAUGCACGAAUUUUCAAAUUUUCAAGCUAAAAUGGCUUCUAAAAAUAUUUUUCCUUUUUUUGAAGCAAAGUUGCUCUACGGACAAAUUUUUGUCAAUUUCGACUUUUUAAAUUUUUUUUUUUACCUUUCUCCCAGUUUUGUUUUCCUGUCACUUCUCUGCAAUAUUUCACAGCAUUUUAUUAUCCUUAAAAAGUAAAAAUCUGAAAAUCCCAAGCUAAGUCACCAUUUCUGAAGAAAUAUUUGAAGUUUGAUCAUUAUUUCCAAUUUUCGUUGAUCUAAAAAUCAGAGUCGCUGUUUGUCGGUCGCACUCUUCAACACCAAAAAUGCUCCAUAUGUUUUUGUUUCCCACCUACAAGAUCAACUAGGGAACAAUCCAAUUAGGAUGUGAGAGGCGUUGGAAAAUUGGGGAACCUUUACAACAAUACAAUACAAUAUUUAUUGGUUGUUUUAGUCAGAUGGUAUCGACUAGGCGGUGAAAAAAUUGCUCUUUUGAGCGGCACUAACACCGCCCUUGGCGAAAAAGAAGUAAAAACGUGUAGUCGAUUGAAUUGAAAGCAUGAUCUUACGGUCCUUCGCCUCGUUCUUCCACAAGUUGAUCCCUCAGUUUCGCUUGUACGGGCACGGCGGUGAUGGUGGGGCUCGGGCACGGACUCCGUGUACACUCUAGGGUAGCCUCGGCCGACUGAGAGAGCUACCACUUCGAGUGAAGAAAAUACACGGAAUUCGGCAAAUAUUUUCCUUCUUUUUUCGACUUUUAAAAAACCCUGCAAAAAACAGAAAGGAGCAUGCUUUCUGAAGAUCAAAGGGGCACCUUUUAUUAAUAUAUUGAAAAAAAUAAAUGUUUCUGGGGAAAUUUUUUUAGUGGCCACUAUAGAGGCUCGCCAACGACUACUUGGAGAGGACACUAAAGUGGCCACUAUUUUCCGUUUUAGUGGUCACUUCAGUAGUUUUUCAUCCAGAAUUCCUUCCAGUAACUCUGAUAAUUUUAAAACAAACAGAUUAGACCAGUUAUGUUGAUCCAUUGACCCCUAAAGUGGCUACUAAAAUUUUUAGUGAUCUCGUAGUAGCACUUAGACCUCUAUAGCGGUCACUUAUUUCUAACUUCUAAGUGGCCACUAAUUUGACUACUAUCGUGGUCACUAAAAAGGCCGAAACUCACUAAAAAUGUUUCCAGUUGGAUAGGUUACGUCGCAGACGUCUCUGAGCAGUCUUAGGGAUCCCUCUAGCGGUUUUAGUACUUUUAAGUGAUCCCUAGAAAUGCUCAGAAACGUCCGAUUUGCAUUACCGAGGUCCGAGUGAACAAAACAACCGAAAUUAUAGAAAAUGUUUUUUUCUUCAUAAGGUCAGAAAAGAGGAACUUUAGACAGGACUUCAAUAACCUUUUCAACUUUUCAGAGAACUCUACGUCCGCUCCGUGUUCACCUUGCUGUACGGAUGGCUUUUCGGCGUCGGUCUGAUAGGAAAUGGCGGAGUUUUGUGGGCGGUGGCCCAUAAUCGACGGCUUCGGUCGGCCAGGAACAUCUUCCUCCUGAACCUCAUUGCGACCGACUUGUUGCUGGUUUUGACGGCCGUUCCCGUCACCCCGUGGUUGGUUUUGGAGGGGGAGUUUUGGGAAAAAUGAGGGAAAGAAGAUUAGUUCUUUUUGGAGCUCCAGGGAUGAUUUGAAGAUGGAGAAACGUUGAGAUCCUAGUGACCAUUAUAGGGUUUUGAGGUUUUAGGGGCCACUAUAGUAGUCAAAUUAGUGGUCACUUAAGUGGCUGAAGUUUAGUGGUCUCUUUAGAAGCCCAACUGGUACCACUAGACCCCAAAAAACUACUAUAGUGGCCACUGAAACGGAAAAUAAUGGCUUCUAUAAGGUGAUUUAGUGGCCACUUUAGGGCCCUCUCCAAGAAGUCCUUGUGGAACCUCUUAAGUGACCACUAGAGUCUAUAAAGGUGGUUCUAAUGACCACUUUAGUGUCCUCUUCAAGGCGUUGAGGAGCCUCUUAAGUGGCCUCUAGAGUUAUUCGCAGAAAGCCUUAAAAUAUUGUUUUCAUAUGAGAUAAUCUAUCAAAAUUCUAUAGAUCUUUGUCCCAAAAUCCAACUUUUUUCACUGUUCUGAAGUUUUAAUGAUCCAGAAAAUACGAAAAAAACAUUCAUAAGGUAAAACUUGAAAAGAAAAAUUUGAAAAAUCGUUGAAAAUGCCAUUUUUAGACGCUUUUGUGUAUAUAGAAUACGUAUGAAAAUAUUAUUUUUCAGUCAAAAUUUUGAUUUAAAAAAGCUUCAGUUUACCAUUUCAAGUGGAAAAAUCAAUAAAUCAGUUCAAAAAACAAAUUUUGCAGGUACGCUCUAACGCGAGAUUGGCAAUUCGGGUCCGUAAUGUGUCAUAUUGUGCCAUUAUCAAAUUCGUGUUCUUGUUUCGUUACGAGGUGAUUUCGUUCAACGGAAAAUAUGUCACGGAUUCAUGUUUCAGUUGGAGUUUGACUGCGAUUUCUCUCGACAAGUACCUUCAUAUUAUCGAUCCGACACGACCACCCGUCACCGUAAGGAUUUAUUUCUGAUUCUUGAGUGUUGAAUAUAAUUUCAAGGGCUGGAAAUACCCGAAAAUCUGAACUAAAAUGAAGAAUAUUAUGAAAAAAUGACCAAAAAAUGAGUUUGAAAGGUGAAUUUUUGAUUGAAGAUUUGUAUUCAUUCAAAAUUCAAUCUAGAAGAGUGUCAGAUUUUUGGAAAUUGGUAAAAAGGAAAAAUCAAGAAUCCCACAAAUUUCCAAUUUUUUGAGAAACUUUGGAGGGGUCCCUAUAGGGGUUUUAUAGGGCCCUUUGAGAGACCCCUAUAGGGACCUCUAUGCUCCCCUUAUAGGGGAACAUCAAACGGUGUCGUAGGGGUCCCUAUAGGGGUCAAGCUACGAGGGCUUCUUGGAACAAAAAACUCCUUAAGAGACCCCUCAGAAUUUUUGAAUUUCUGCCGCGUUUUGAGAAUGUGCGCCCCAUGGCUAAAACUCGCAUCGUAGCGGAAAUUCGAUUUUUUAAGUUUUUCCUCUUUUUUCUAGUAAUUUUUAUUUUCAUAGUGCGUCGGUUUCAGUUAAAACUCGCGAAAAAUAUCUGAGAAAAACAUUCAAAAACUUGAUCUGUAGUUUCCUGUUUCAGAAAAAACAAGCCCUACUGAUCACGAUUCUAAUCUGGGUCGUCUCGACGCUGAUCAACGUUCCCUACCUGUUGUCCUUCAAAAUGGUCGACGGGACGUAUUACGUCAACCAGGGCGAAAAACCCUUCUGUGGCCACUUUUGCGACGAGGCGAACUGGCAGAGCGAGAAUUCCCGGAAACUCUACGGCACAAUGGUCAUGUUGCUGCAGGUGAGACGGGGGCUGGUAUUCAGAUUUGCAAAAAUAUAUUACUUAUGAAAAUUAGCUUGAAAUAAAGAAAGAUCUAGAGAAUUCGUUUGAGGGAUGCUAUCAGAUGAUGUGAAAUUUUUUUUGAAAUUUUUUUUCAGAAAUUUUAAGGUAAAAAUCGCUUCUUUUUUUUUUAAUGACUAUAAAAAUGACUGAAGAAAAAUAAAAUAGGACUUUUUUUUUGCUUUUCCGCGGAUGUUUCAAACUUAAUAAAGGUCUAAUAAACUUGAACAUUUUCUCUUGUUUAUAGAAAAAGUCGGAAUGAGUGGUAAAAGACUUCACAGAAAUGUUUGUUUUAGGGUGAAAAGGUUCCUUUUUUUGCUGCCUUUUUGCGCCGUUUUCUCAGCCCUUAUGCAUCAUUUUUGCUACCUCUCCCUUUUUUCGCAAUUUCUUGACCCUUUAAAUUCCCAGAAAAAUAGAAAUCUCGAUAAAUGGAACCUUUUUGAGGCCUUUCUGCAGCCUUUUUUCAGCCUUUUUGCUGCCUUUUUGCGGCCUUUUUUGAGCCUCUCCCUUUUAGCGGUCAUUAUCCACCAUUCCUACUUUUUCAGUUUCCUUGGAAAUUGUUAUUUUUUAAGAAAAUAACUCGAUUUUUCGUCAUUGAUAAAAAUUUCCAAGGCGUUUCGAAAAUACACGUCCAAAACUUCUCUUUAUUCGGUCAUGAUUUUUUUAACUAACAAUUAUUUUUUCGCAGUUUGUUGUUCCGAUGGCCAUCAUAACCUACUGUUACUCGAAGAUCCUGGAAAAAAGUCAGCAAGGAUAUGAUCAUUCAAAACGCUCAGUUUUGUCAAUCUUUGACGCAGAAGCAACGGAUCGACGCCACUUCGAGGAAGAAGAAGGUUCGGAAUCUCUUUUUUUCUCUUUUUAAAUUGUAAAUUAAGGUUCAUUUUUUUGGUCUUUUUUUUGAUCUAAAAACGUUUUUUUAAAAGGGUUUAAGACAUUUUUUUGAGAAAGACACAAAAAGGCAUUCUUUUUGUAAGCUAGGAGUUGAAAAAGGGAAAAAAUCAGCGUUUUUUAGGGACAUUUAGAAAGAACUUUUCAAGUUUUAUAUUUUUCAAAAAAAUGGGUUUGUAGAUUUUAGAGAGGUCAAGAGAAGAUAUAAAAAAAUUCUAUUUUUUUGGGACAUUUGAAGGAAUUUUUCAAUUUUCAGCCUUCAAAAAAGAUUUUUUUAAAAAAUUGGAAAAAAACGUGUUUUUUUCGUGGAUUUGAUCGCAUUGAAAAGAUAGAGAAAUCUAAUUUCUGAAUAAUUUUUAUUUUUUGAACAAAGUUGCCUGCGAAACCCCUUGUCAAUCACUCAUAUCUGCCAUCUGUCGCCGAUGAACUUGACACUUUUUUGAAGAGUCUAGCCGCGAAAUAGAUUUACUAUGGAAGGAUGGGGAUCUUUGGAAAAAUUUAGAACCUCAAAAAAAAGCAUGAGAGUUUGUUCAGACCUUCUAAGAGGGUUUGAAAAGCUUUUUCUAGGCUCAAUCCCUCAAAUUUUAAAACUUAACGACCAUUUUUCGAAAUUUUUUGGCCGGGUAAACAAUUUACUGUGGAGAGAUUGGUGAACUACAGAUCAUUGAACUGAAUUUGAGAUUUUAGGAGAUCAGAAGGGAUAGAAAUGUUCUUUAAAAACCUACUAGAAGGGUCCAAAAAGCUCUUUUCUCAAUUUUUAAAUUUAAAAGACCAUUUUCAUUUUCUAGGCGCUAUAUGGACUUAGUACGAAAAGAUGUGAAAAUAAGAGAUUUUUGAAAAAAUGUCAGAACCUUGAUAAAAAGGAACUGUUUCUUCAAAAUGUUCUGAAGAAAUUCGAGGAGUUCCUUCUAGAAUCGUUUUCCUCGAAAAAAAAACAGCUAGCAUUUUUAAAUUUGUUUUCUUCCUUUUGGACUUUUCUCAACAAUUUUACUCAUUUGAAUGAGAUUUCCAUAGAAAAAGGGCGCUGGAAAAGUCUCUAGAACCUCUUUUUCGAAUCAUUUUUUGGACCGUUUUUGACGCUUUAAGGAAAAAGUUAGAACAGGAAAAAUGUCCCUUGUAUGGUAAAGAAAAAGGUAAAUUUUUCAGGUAAACUAUAUUCUGAUCGCGAUGGUCGUCACGUUCAUCGGAUGUUGGCUGCCGUUGACGCUGGUGAACUUGGUCAAGGACUAUAGUGAGUUUCAUUGUUUCAUUCACCUUUUUUGUACUGAAGUCGGCCAAAAUUUUGUUUUAGCGAAAUUUUGGAAAAAAUUUAAACGCACCAAAAUUUUCUUCUGACUCUAAAAUUGAAAUCAAGAAUUCUCAGAGUGCUGAUUGAUCUGAAAUUGUAGCUAUCUAUGUUUUCAAAAAACUAAAAUUCUGAAAAUGCUUCAAAUUUUGUUUAAGAUGUUCAGAAACUCUUUCUAAUUUGAAAUUUCAAACAAAUAGUGAUUUGAAAAGCUGUUUUCCAGUUCCUUUUCCCAUCAGUUAUCUUUCCAGAAAGUGAGCCGGAGUUCUUGAAAAAGCAGCCGUUUCUGUGGCCUCUGGUGGCGCACGUCAUCGCCAUGUCGCUGGUCAUUUGGAACCCGUUGUUGUUCUUCUGGCUGACGAGGAAACAGAAGCGGACCGGCCUCAGCAAGAUUCUCAACACUUCAGAGGUAAAUAUUCACGGAUAAACGCCUGGAAAUAACUCUAGUGGCCAAUUAAGGGGUUCCUGUAAGACUGUUUGAAAGGACUCUAAAGUGGCCACUAGAGUCACCAUUGUAGACUUUAGUGGCUAAUUAAGAGGUUCUUCAAGGACUAAUUGGAAAGAACACUAAAGUGGCCACUAAAAUCACCACUAUAGACUUUAGUGGUCACUUAAGGGGUUCACCAGGGACUUCUUGGAAAGGACACUAAAGUGGCCACUAGAACCACCGCUUUAGAAGUCGCUCCUAAAGUGGUCACUAAAUUUUAGCCACUUUAGGGCUCACUAAUCCGACAUUUAUAGUACCCACUAAAAGGGCCAUUUUCCAGGAAAGCUCAAAAAAAGCUUCAAGAGAAAUUAGAAGAUAAAAAUUAUUUCGAAAAAACUGAGAAAAAAGUUGAUUUGCUUGCCGUGCUUCUUCUUCUUCUUCUCCUUCUUUUUUGGCCCCUUUGUGAUUUUUCUGUUCGAUUUUUGAAAUUUGCGAUUUUGUUGUUUGAAAUGAGCUUCUCCCAGGCUUCUGUCCUGUAAAAAAACUUUCAUGUAGAAUUUGGAUCCUGAAGGUUUUUUUUAAUUUUAUAAAUAAAGCUGAAUAUUUAUAGAUUUAUCGGGUUUAAAAUUUUUGGCUGACCCUUUAAAAAAAGUUACUCAAGUUUUUGAAAGUUGGAUCAAAAUCAGGUCAUUAAGGAUUUCAAAAUGAAAUACCGGUAAAUCAGCUUGAAAAUGAACAAAAAAACAGAAAAACGCGUUUUCUCCGGCUUCAAGAACCGUGGUCGCACUUGGAAAGGCUAGAAGUCGAAUAGACAUGAAUAAUCUUACCUUCGCGCGGAAAUCGUUUUGAGUCGGGUGCACCUGAAAACAUCCAGCCAUUCCAAGUCCGAUCAUGGGAUCGCAAAUCAUGAUUGAAACAACUUCCUAACUAUCUCCUCCUCCUAAAAUAGCCGUGUGCUUCUCCUUCCGACACCUCUGUAGACACGCUUGCCGGUUUUUCAGGCGGUCGCCUCGUUCGCCAGCCGCAUCGGAAGUUCUGUCCGACGGUUGUCCUUUCGACAGAGUAGCAACUCGGACAAGUGAGCUUUUUUCCCAUUAUAAACCCGAAAAACCUGCAUUUUUCCGCUUGAGUGUGCUUUUCUUUCCGUUUUCUUGCACGGUUUUGGUAUUUUUCUAGAAGUAAAAAUCGUCGAAAUUCAUUUUCCUGUAAGGGAAUAUGACUAUUCCAUGAGGUAAUAUUAAAAAAUGGGAAUGUGCUGAAAAAAAGCAAGUGCGCUCCAUUGAUAAAAACAGCUCUCUUCGGUUCUUUAGACAUACACUUGAAAAAAACUGCUUUUUUCCCGUUUGAUUGUGCUUUUUCUUCUUGAUUUCUUGUCUAUUGCACGGUUUGAAAAUGUUCCCGAUUUAAAAAAAAAAGUUGAGAUUGUUCUGAUUGAAAGGGCAAACAUUCGAUGAAGUAGCUUUGUUUUAGACUGAGAGGCUUGAGGGAAAAUUAGUCUCCAAAAAUAGCCGCGAGUAAGCGCGCUCCAUUGAUAAAUGACCGAAUCUCUAGACCUUUUCAGAUCCAAAUGGAAAUAUCAAUCAGGACAACUUUUUGUUCGUUUUUUAUGACCUUGGAAGGAUCAGGCAUGUUCCUACCAUUUAGAAAAUGAAUCUUUUAGUUUCUUCAACACUGACUUGAGUUUGAAGAUGAAGGAAAAAACAGCCGUAAAAAACCUUCAAAUUGCAACUUUCUAUGCUCCGACGAUAAAUUGAUGAUUCAAGCUCGCAGUCGUAAUGGAAAAAUAGCGUCUUUCUCGAUUAUUGCAAGGUUCGAAAAAUAAAAAUUCUCUUGCCAUAAUGACAAUAGGAAGACAUCAAAAAUUCGCACAACGAAACUCCUCACGUAUGUAUAAAUAAAGACGUGUGACGCAUUUUUCAUUCUAUGACGCAAGCUUUUUUUUUUCCGCGUAGGACAUCAAAAAUCGAGAUCUAAAUGGAAUAGGGGGACCAGGAAAAAUUAGAGCAGGAUUUCAGAAAAAAGAUCUUGGAUUCUUAUGGUGGCUCAAUUUUCUGUUGAAAAUUCUGCCCUAUGGAUAAAAAAUUCAAACUUUGAAAAUACUUUUUGGGCUUUUUAAGGCUCUUAAAUAAGUUUUAUAAGGAUUUUUUUCAAGGUUUAGUUUUUUCAAAAAAAUAAAAUGAAAAGUCUAUUAAUCGGGACCAGGAAGAUGAAUUGGGGCAGGAUUUCAGAUGAAAAACCUCAAAUUUCUAUCGAGGCUCAAUUUUUGUGAGAAAAUGUGCCCUACGGAUAAAAAAAUUCAAACUUUGAAAUUUCUUUUUGGGCUUCUUUUUAAGGUUCUCAAAUAAGUUUUAUAAAGAUUUUUCAAGUUUCAGUUUUAUUUUUUUAUUGAGCUGGAUGUUCAUGAAAUUAGAUAAUUUUUUUGAUUUCUAUGUUUUUACAAGCUACAGCUUCUAGAAUAUACUGACAGAAUCAAGAUACAGAAAAAUAAAAAAAUGAAAGUCUAUUAACUUUAUACUUAUAGAAAAUUCUUACGGUUCUCUGAAGGUUUCUGUAGAGCUUUCUCUUGAAAAUGUAAGGCUCCUUUAAAUUUUUUGACAAGUAAUCAAUAAUCUGAGUGCAUUUUUGGAAUGACAAUCACCGAGAUUUCCCGAUUGUUCAACCAACUGUGGUUUCUGGUCCGCACGACUCUGCUUUGCCAUUAUUUUUGAUGUCAUGCUUCUUUUUUCCACUUCUUUGGCUCGACGACGUACGAUGAAAUAUGCGAAAUGUGUCGUGUCGGCCUUGUUUUAUAAUUCCGUGAAACUUCUCACGGCGGUUCUUGUGAGCAGGAUUAUACACAUGAUUGAAUAUUCGCAUGAGCUUUGGCAUCGUCUUUCGGAGUGACUUCAAGAUUUUUUUUUUCUCGCUAGGGGAUUUUUUUCAGAGUUAAGAAAAGUGAUAAACUGAAGUGACUUUUUUUUCUGAUUCUUAGCCAUACAAUUUUUUUCUUACAACAGAACCGUUUAGAAUGGUUAAGCCUGCCUGAGCAUCAAACUAUUUGGAAUGGGUUAACUUUUUCAAAAUCUGAAAAGUGCAAUAUGUGGCUCGAAAAAAGAAAAAAUUAAGAAACUUUUAGAAAAAUUUCAAGACCACCGAAUUUUUUUACAUGAGCAUCUUAAUAUUUGAACUCUUAAAGUUUGAUUGAAAACCCUAAUGGGUACGGUAUUUCCCUUUGCCUGAGCAUCUAACGUAUUGGAAUGGUUCUGUAACAGAUAUUUUCAGUCUUUGUUGGUCUUCCUAGAUCCUUGAAUAAAUUUUCAAGGCUAACUUUCCAAAAAACCUGUCUCAUAUAGAAUCGCGUAUCCAAAAAGUAACCCAACUAUAUUUUCCUCUCCGUGUCCUACUGAUAUUUGAGAAGGGUUUUUUGUGCUUGCGGAGCAGCUGUUGUUGCAAUUUAUCAACCGGAAAGAGACAAAUCUUCUUUCGAAACGAAUAGGUCAACCGGGACUUGGAGACUUAUCGAUCGAUAGUGAAUAUUAUAAAUGGACUCAAGAAAGUUUGAGCAGGGUUUUUUAUGAAUAAUUUGACCCGAUUUUAUAAAUAAUAAGAUUUUUCUUGUAACUCCAGAUACAGUAACAAUUUGAAGAGAAUUUCAUGAGAUAAAAUCUCAGAAUACUUCUAAAAUAGUAUAGUUUUGUAUAGGAGAUAAAGGACCAGCUGAAAAAAAUGGUCUCGAAGAUUGUAAGACUCUAGAGAUUGACCUGAAACUUUUCGAAAGACAGCUCUGGAUGCUCUAAAUUUUUUUUGUUUCUGGAAACCUAGAAAUUAAAAUUUUGACCUUUUGAAUCGCGGACAUAAUCCAAAAUCGAAAUUUUCCGAACAAAAAAACCUUCUUCUCUCUAAAUAGACAUACUGAAAACAUUGCUUGCAGGAUUCGAAAAAAGCAGUCGGCGCUGGAUUCCGAGGGCUCCAGCUACACGACGUGCUCACGGCCCCUGCUCAUUCGAAGCUCGUUGAGGCAAACUCUCUCCGACGAAUCGACUAAAAAUGACCUCUGA